AUGGAUUUCAUCGACGUUGCCAUCAUCGGAGGAGGUCCAGCUGGACUUACUGCCGCCGGUGCUCUCGCUCGCCAACUUCAUACUGCGGUGGUUUUUGACACCCAAACCUACCGUAAUAAUAAUUCGGCUCAUAUGCACAUGGUUCCUACCUGGGAUCAUAGAGAUCCAAAGGACUUCCGAGCUGCGACUAAGGAUGGCAUUUUGGCGCGCUACUCUACGAUUCAAUUUCUUGAUGUUGGCGUCACAAGCAUCGAGAAGAAAACAGACUCUCACUUCAUCCUCGUCGACGCAAAUGCGAAGAAAUGGAACUUUAGAAAAGUCAUACUGGCUGUAAGUAUGAAUGAUACUUUUCCCGAGAUCGAGGGCUACGCUGAGCUUUGGACAAAGAGAAUUUUUCACUGCCUUUUUUGCUUCGGCUAUGAAGACCGCGGCGCUAAGUCUACAGGCGUUCUCGUUCUUCCUCCCCUCAAUCCCAUGACCGGUAUUCACAUGAUUAUAGCCGCCAAUGCCGCCCAGCUCAGCGAAGAGGUCACUCUAUACACACAUGGCGAUGAAGAAAUAGCCGCAAAGCUUAGUCCACUCUUCAAAGCCCCAUUCAAGAUUGACACACGCAAGAUCCAACGACUCGUUGAUAACGGCGGUUCUUCAGUCACAAUGCACUUCUCAGAUGGUUCGGAGAAAGAAGAAGCAUUCUUGGUUCAUAACCCGAAGACUAUAGUUCAAGGCCCGUUUGUUGAACAGCUGGGUCUGAAUCUUAGUCCUGCGGGAGAUAUUCUGGCACCCCCGCCGUUUCAUCAAACCAGCGUUCGGGGUGUCUUUGCGGCCGGAGACUGUAUCACGCCGUAUAAGGCUACUCCGGCUGCGAUCGCUAGUGGUUGUAACUCGGCUGUGGCGUUAACGGCGCAGUUGCAGGCUGAGAAGCAUGGAAUUACUCCAUUUUUUUUAGGAGGUGUGGGAAUGGAAUAG